UCGCAGUGGCGCCGAGUCCGGGCUGCGGGACGAGCCGAGCACCAUGGCCGCCUCUCCCGGCCCUGCCGCCGUUGGCGGCGCCGGAGCUGUGUGUGGCUCCGGCCCGUCGGGCUUCGCCUUCGACUCGGGACUGGAGAUCAAAACUCGCUCGGUGGAGCAGACGCUGCUGCCGCUGGUUUCUCAGAUCACCACACUUAUUAAUCAUAAAGAUAAUACCAAAAAGUCUGAUAAAACUCUGCAAGCAAUUCAGCGUGUAGGACAAGCUGUCAACUUGGCAGUUGGAAGAUUUGUUAAAGUAGGGGAAGCUAUAGCCAAUGAAAACUGGGAUUUGAAAGAAGAAAUAAAUAUUGCCUGUAUUGAAGCCAAGCAAGCAGGAGAAACAAUUGCAGCACUUACAGACGUAACCAACUUGAAUCAUCCCAAAUCUGAUGGCCAGAUCACAAUUUUUACAGACAAAACAGGAGUUAUAAAGGCUGCAAGAUUACUUCUUUCUUCAGUGACAAAAGUGUUGUUGUUGGCAGACCGAGUAGUCAUUAAACAGAUAAUAACAUCAAGAAAUAAGGUUCUUGCAACUAUGGAAAGACUAGAGAGAGUGAAUAGCUUUCAAGAGUUUGUCCAAAUAUUUAGUCAAUUUGGAAAUGAAAUGGUGGAAUUUGCACAUCUGACUGGAGAUAGACAAAAUGAUUUAAAAGAUGAAAAGAAAAAGGCAAAAAUGGCAGCAGCUAGGGCAGUUCUUGAAAAGUGUACAAUGAUGCUUCUCACAGCUUCAAAGACAUGUCUCAGGCAUCCCAGCUGCGAGUCAGCCCAUAAAAACAAAGAAGGAGUAUUUGACCGCAUGAAAGUAGCAUUAGAUAAGGUUAUUGAAAUUGUGACUGACUGUAAAUUGAAUGGAGAGACUGACAUUUCAUCUAUCAGUAUUUUUACUGGAAUUAAAGAAUUUAAGAUGAAUGUUGAAGCUCUUCGGGAGAAUCUUUAUUUUCAGUCCAAAGAGAACCUUUCUGCAACAUUAGAAGCCAUCUUGGAGCGUACGGAGGACUUCACUGAUUCUGCUUACACUACCCAUGAGCACAGGGAACGCAUCUUGGAACUAUCAACUCAGGCGAGAAUGGAAAUGCAGCAGUUAAUUUCUGUGUGGAUUCAAGCUGAGUUCAAGACCAGCCUGAGCAUGAGCGAGACCCUAUCUCUCCCCAAAAUAGAGAAAUUAGCUGGAAACCUAUAGGAAGUUGUGAAACAACUUCAUAGUACAGCAACACAGCUGGCAACAGAUCUGUUAAAAUACCAUGCUGAUCAUGUGGUUCUGAAAGCAUUAAAACUUACUGGAGUAGAAGGAAAUUUAGAGGCUUUGGCUGAAUAUGCCUGUAAACUCUCUGAACAGAAAGAACAGCUUGUUGAGACCUGUCGAUUGUUGCGACAUGUAUCUGGGACAGAACCUCUUGAAAUAACCUGUAUACAUGCAGAGGAGACAUUUCGGGUGACUGGCCAACAGAUAAUUUCUGCUGCUGAAACAUUGACAUUGCAUCCAUCUAGUAAAAUUGCUAAAGAAAACCUAGAUGUAUUUUGUGAAGCUUGGGAAUCCCAAAUUAAUGACAUGUCAACACUGCUGAGAGAAAUCAGUGAUGUGUUUGAAGGAAGACGAGUGUCACAGAAGAAUAAUGCAAACCUGAAAUCAUUAAAGCCCGACAAGCCUGACUCUGAGGAGCAAGCCAAGAUAGCAAAGCUUGGACUUAAGCUGGGUUUGCUCACUUCUGAUGCCAACUGCGAAAUUGAGAAGUGGGAGGACCAGGAGAAUGAGAUUGUUCGAUAUGGACGGGACAUGUCCAGUAUGGCUUAUUCUCUAUAUUUAUUUACUAGAGGAGAAGGGCCACUGAAAACUUCCCAGGACUUAAUUCAUCAACUAGAGGUUUUUGCUGCAGAGGGUUUAAAGCUUACUUCAAGUGUACAAGCUUUUUCAAAACAGCUGAAAGAUGAUGACAAGCUUAUGCUUCUCUUGGAAAUAAACAAGCUAAUUCCUCUAUGCCACCAGCUUCAGACAAUAACUAAGACAUCUUUGCAGAAUAAAGCAUUUCUAAAGGUUGACAAGUGUAUUAUAAAGACAAGAUCCAUCAUGGCUCUCUUGGUCCAACUUCUUUCGCUUUGCUAUAAACUGUUAAAGAAGCUUCCUGUGGAAAAUAACAGAUGGGUCUCAGUUACAAAUAAAGACACCAUAGACGGUAAAACUUGAGAAGAUUUUGGGGUCGGAUCUCUGGAACAUCAUGUAGCAUUGCUAACAUUUUUAAAAAGCAAAUGAUCCUUUAUCAUUUCAGAAAUUCAAAAAUUUAUAAAGAAAACAAUACUGAAAUUUUGCUUUAUUUUCUGAUCAUGAAACCUCUUGUGAAGCUUUUUGACAACUAAUAAAUGUCAUAAUAGUUGCUAAUUGC